UGGAAAACAAGGACAUAUGUACAUGGUUAUAAUUGACCUUAGGGGCUCAUCCUGGAAAUCUGCCAAACCUCUUCUAAGAACUCUUCAGGAAACAGUUCCAGACAAGGUACAUGAAGUCUAUAUUAUUAAGCCAGAUGCUUUCUGGGAAAAACGACGCUCAGGAACUGGUCUUAGAAAGGAACAAUCUAGUGUUGCAUUUGAGACGACAUUGUUGUCAUCAUCAAGUAAACUUCAUCAGUUUGCUGAGGGAAGUCAAAUUACUCAAGAGCUGGGUGGUACUUUAUCAUAUAACCAUAACAGAUGGAUUGAUACUAGAUUGGAAAUUGAGAAAAUUUCAGAUGAGUCAGUCUCUUUGAAUGAAAAAUUUGAUGAAUUGGAACAAGACCUAGACACCCAUCAGCUAGGUAACGACAUAGCAGAAACAGAUGGCCUGAUUCGUCAACAUGAAACCAAAAGGGCAUUGUUAGAUAAUGUUGCUUAUCCACUGAUCCAAAGAGGAGAACAUCUUAUCAGCUCAAUUAAAGCUAAUGAACCUCCUAUACCACCCAGCCAAAAUUUCACUGGUAGUCCUGCUUCUUUACCAAGCCAAGAGCGUCAACAGGUGGAAGGUAAUGUGACUCAACUAAAGCUGAGGUGCAGCCAGUUGAUGGACAUGUGGGAAAAGAGAUGGAAAGAGUUGAUACAGUGUAUGGAUCUACUGGAGUUUGAUGCAGGAUAUCAAAAGGUGACAAACUGGGUCCUUGGGUCAGGAGAGUCAUAUUUAGCCAAUUCCAAUGAUAUUGGAGACUCUGUUAUCUCUUGCGAGAUCCUUAGGAAAGAGCAUGAGGAAUUUGAGUUGUCUGCCAGGGAAGUGAUAAACCACUUUGCUCAGGUGCGUGAACUUGCCAAGAAAAUGCUCCAGGAAAAUCACUAUGCCUCCAGAGAUAUUAAAAGUCGCAAGGAAUUCCUGGACAGAGGUUGUCGAAACUUUGCCCUGCGGAUGAACAGGAGAAGAGACAUCAUACUGACAUCACUUAAAUUUCACAAGAGUGCAGGGGAGUGCUCAGUUAAUUUGGAUGACUUAUUUGAACUGCUGUGUUCUGAUUCUGUUCUCAUGUACGACUAUGAGACUGCAGAGAGCAUGCUCAGAACAUUGGAAGAGAAGGCUGAGGCGGUUGCCAUUUCGUCUGAAGACACCUUGCGAGAUGCAUUGGCCGUGCAGGAACUGAUGACAAGUCCAAUGUCCAAUAUGCGGGGUGAUGACGUCACUCAGGAUUAUGGGAAGGGUAUUGCGCAUGUGCGGCUUACUUUAGACGAACUAAGAGAGCGGAAACUACGCACGGAUGAGUUGUGUGAUGUGCGCAGAAUCAAACUGCAGCAACUGUUGCAGCUCAAACAGAGCGAACGAGACGCUGAGCAGGCGACUGUGUGGAUAAGUCAACUGCGUGACGCUACAGAACAUAACUUGGGAGAUGUGGGAAGAAACUCAGAGGAUAUCGAGGCUUUGCAACAGGAACACGAGAAACUUGAGACUACAGCUAAAAGUACUUAUGAUUAUGGUCGACAAUUUCUCCAGGCCUCAUUAGUUCUUCGCCGCACUUGUCGCUAUGAAUUGACUCCAAACUACCAAAUGGAGGAAAGGUUAAACAGCGCUUGGAGUGAAUUUUCAUCGGCCAUGGCUGAGCGAGGAGCAAGACUGUCUGUGGCGCUCAUGUUUCAUCGGAGCGCGGAGAAGCUUGUCCAAGAAAUUGAGGAGCACAGAGAGAGAUACAUGCGAGAGGACCUCCUAGAAGACCUCACAGCUGAAUUAAUCGAGGAAGAAAUUCGCCGACACUCUGGCACAAGACAGGCCAUCGACAAAGAAUACGCUGAUACGGUUGCCAUGGGGCAAGCCUUGGUUGACAGAAUGCAGUUACCUCCCCUGUUUGGGGAGAACGGUGCACCAAAUCGGCCUCCUCAUCUCAUCGAGGAAUCUCUGGCCGACUUAGAGGAGAGAAAAAUGGCCUGGGAAAGAGUUUGGCUAGACAGGGACGAGCGCCUACGGCAUUGGUUGAAACUCGGAGACUAUGAGCAACAGAUGCGAGAGCUUCUUCAUUGGGUUAAAGAUAGAACUAGCGAAACAGAAGAGAAAAAACACGUGAUUGGUGAAAACCUGACAGAGGCUGAAGCGCUUAGUGCAGACCUACAGGAACUGGAAGCAAGACUCAAGGAGAAAGAGAGAGAAGUUUCUGAGCUCAUUCAGAUCAUCAAGUCACUACAUGUAGCCUCAACAGAAGAUCAAGCUUCCAGACCCUAUGGAAGGAUGGCAGAUUCUUUAGAAGAGGCCUGGAAUGACCUCAAUGUUCAAUUAGAGGGAAGGAGAAUACUUCUUGACACAUCAGUGGCUUUUCAUCACAGUGUAGAGAAGUUUUCUGACAAAAUCAAUGCCUCAGAAGAUGAGAUCAGCCGAGUCCUUUUAGUGGAAGAUGUGACAUCAUCAUCAUCAUUACUUCAUCAACAUCAAGAACUAAGAAAAAGUGUAUUGGAAUUAUCCAUGCAGACUUUAUCCAAAGGACAAGCUCUCUUGGACAAAUUACGAGAGGCCAGUUCACAUGCUGACAUUAACAAUCGUCAUGCCACAAAAGCAGCAUGUUACAGUGUGGAGCGUAUUCUAGAAGCACUACAGCACAAGCGACAGCAGCUUGAUGAACAGUGGAAAGAGAGAAAAAAAGUUUUGGAGCAGUGUAUGAAAAGAUGCAAGAUUGAUGAAGAAAUAAGAAAGAUCACAAAAUGGCUUAAUGAAGAAGGAGAGGAUUAUAUCAGCUAUCAAGAUUAUGGAGACUCAUCACCUUCAACUCAAGUUCUUCUUGAUGAACACUAUAAAUUUGAGGAAGUGGCAAAGGAAAAAGAAGAGGCUUGCCAGAGGCUUGCUCGAGAAACAGAAAAGCUUGUGCAUGGAAAUUUCAGAGAUGUACAGGAAACACAGCAAAAAAUUACCCUGCUUCUAACAAACUUGCAGUUAUUCAAAGAACGUUUGGAAGACAGAAGGAAACUACUGACAGAUACACUAUCUUUUUACAAGAAAAACAUCAGAGCACAUGAUAAGCUUGAUGAAAUAAGAGACAAAAUUACAGAAGAGAAGCUAACCAUUGAAGAUCAAAAGGAGCUGUAUGGAGCAAUUAAUGCAGCAUCUGCAGCUCAACUGCGAGAUGGAAAGAUACUGCAAGAGAAGAUGGCAGAUGGGAAACACCAACCUGUCAUAGUGAGAAUGUAUGAGGAACUGCAAGAGCGCAGCACAGCUAUGCUUGUUGACGUUGAACCUGAUCCUGCAGACAAGGAAUUUGAAGAUCUCUUUGGUUGGAUUAGGAAUGUUGGUGAAGACUUUCUUGAUAGCAACAUUGCAAUGGGUGAUUCUGUCAAAACAUCACAGGAAUUUCUGUAUUCACAUCAAGAAAUGGAUUCUGAGAGACAGGUUUUUGCAGAUCAAAUGGCCAAAGCUAUUGAUGCAUCUAAUAUGCAACUGAAAAAAGAUAGUGCUAAAGUUAAAGAUAUUCAGGAUCUGUGGAUGAGGUUUUCAGCUCGACUUGAAUACCGGCUUAAGUUGGGGAAAAUGUACUUUGAUUUCCAUCGCCACAGACAACUGCUGUUUGGGAAAUUGGACGAGCUCUUCAAUCAGCUGACAAGUGAUGAGCCUAAGGAGAAUGUUGAUGCAUCACCCACAUUACUUGCACGACAAGAACAACUGCAGGAUGCCAUUCUUUCAGCAUCUGGACAAAUGCAGAGGGAGUCACAGGCACUUCUUGAUGAGUUGCGAAAAGAACCAAGAGAGGAGUGUUUGGACAGAGGGGCAGCUGCUGAUUGCAUACAGAAGUUCCUGGCAACUCUAGAGGCGAGGGUUCAUAAGCUUGGCCAGCUUUGGAACCUAAGAGAAGAACAGCUAAACAAGAACAGGCAGCUGAGUGCUGAGUUUGUGCAGUUUGAAAAAGACACGAGGGAGGUCAUACUAUGGAUCAAAGAACAGAGUGAUACAUUUUUCCCUGUCAAAGUAGACUACAGCUCCCUUCCCAUUGACCCAAGAGAGUUAGAAGACAAGCUGCAAAGGUUCAAAGAUGCUGCAAGGCGUACUGAUGAAGAUGUCCAAGCUCAUCUGCGCGCUGCAGAGGAGCUGUCAGAGGCAGAGGGUAGCUACAAAGCAGCCAUUAGAGUCAUUACAGAUGAACUUCAGAUUGCUUAUCAAAGGUUUAAGACCCUGCUAGCAGAUUAUGAGGUUUUGCUGUCAAUGUCAGCAACAUUUUACACUAGUGUGGAAAAACUUCUCCAAAUGAUGGAUGAAAUGACAUAUGGCCUUCAAAGCCAACCCCUCCCCAGAGACAUCAACAAUGCCCAGCUCCUGCUACAAGACCAUCUUGCCAACUACCAGACAGUUCAAGACCUGUACAGCUUCACCACUGUUAGUGCACAGGAUGUCUUGAGCCGGGCUGCCACUUCAGCAGCUGUCUCUGUGUCUCGUGAUGAAAUCAAGGGCUUCCUUGAGAGAUCAGAAGGAAGACAUGAGGAAUGGAGGUCUCUUUGGGAGCACCAUAGGGACAAGUUGUUAGAAAGUGUGCGAUUGUGUGAAUUUGAGCAGGCUAUCAGUGCGGUCAACUUGACCAUAGAAGAGCACACCAGAGAACUGCUUGCUUUGAACAGAAAGUUUGGAAUCACUUUACUUGAUGCUGUUACUCUGCUUCAAGAGUCAGAUUCAUUUCUAGAGUCUGUCAAGCCAGCUGAUGUGGAAGUUGGUAGACUGGUAGAAGAAGCAGAGAAAUUGAAGCAAUUAAAUCAUCAUGAUGCACCUGCCAUUGUGCGACAAGUUUCUGCAAUGGAAGCCCGCUGGCAGAGAUUUUUGUCCAGGAUGGAAGACCAUAGGGCCAUGCUUGAAGCAUCAAUAGAGUUCCAUCAACUUUAUGAACAGGCAACAGUUUGGAUCAGUGAUAGUGAGCACUUCUUGAAAACCACCCAAGAUGAAGCAAAAAGGUGCAAGACUGAGGAGGAAGUUAUAGACCUUCUGGACAUGUUGGAAGGAUUUGUUAAGCCUGGGCUUAAUAAGCAAGAGGCACGACUGAAGAAGUUGGCUGAACUCUCUGCGAAACUUACAAUGGAUGAGCCUCGUUACCAAGCAAAGGAUCUUAUGACCAAACAGAAACACAUCACUACAAAGUUUGAUCUCAUGGAUAAUGACCUUUUUCGUUUAGCAGAGAGGCUCAGGGAGAGAAAGCAGCGAGGACUUCCUCCUAAGGCAGAAGAGGUAACAACAGAGCGUGUGGAAGCUUACGAGAAAGAAUUGCUGGAGACCACUCCUGACACGUCGGGGUAUGAAAAGCCAAUACGUGUAAAUGUGUUGUCAUCAUUUGUUGAUGGAGUCUUGGGUAGUAAAAGACCUGGGGACUGGGAAGUAUUUGAAGAGGCUGGACCAGCCAAGCGUCCACAGGUUUCAGUGCGAGUGAGAUCAGACAAACCAGUUAGUACAGAAACAGAGCAAAAGAUCGAGCCUAUCAUCAAGUCAGAGAUCCAGGGUUGGUUUGAAGGUGGAAAAGCUCUGAAGCCAGUUGAAAUCCCAGAACAUGAGAUACUGGUUCAUAUCAGUGAAGAUACUAAGCGAGAACCUAAUCAGAUGGGUUUAGCUCCAUGGGGUGUAGAAGUGGUAAAGAAAGAUGUUACAGUGACUUCCUUAGGGCCUUAUGUCAGCACAGACAUUGAAGUCGAAACAGCCCUCCACACUCAAACAUUUCCACCAUCUUCAGCAGACCAAGCUCAGCUAACUAGAAAACGUGUAUGGAAAACGACCACAAGGGAGACCACUACAAGUAUCAAGCAAGAAACAAGAACUGAAGUAGAGAUGUUGGUGCCAGAAAAACCAGAAAUGAUGUCAAAUCUCUAUGUAUUUGGUGCUUUGCCUAGUUCUGAGAAUCUGAGUGUUGAAGUGCGGUCUAAGAAAACUGUCGAAAGUACACCAGACACCUCAGAAAAUACCAGCCCAGAGGAAAUAAACAGGGUGGAAGGAGGCAUGAAAAGAGCUAACGAGAACAUCUGUCGGAAAAUUGAAGACUCUGUAGCAAAUACCCACAAACCAUUGCAGCAUACUAAACAUGCUGAGCUGCUCAUACCCCAACAUGCUGGUUCAGUUCUGAUCUUCACACCACCAGAUACCCCACGAAGGGGGUCAGCUCCUUAUGUUGAUUCUAGCAAGCUACCAAAUGGCCACUCAGUUGAUGAAGGUCAACCGAGGUUUGAGUCUGAAGUGCAUCUCAUGACAACACCUAAUGACUUCAACUUUGAUGCUGUGGAGUUAACUCUUCCAUAUCCCUUUAUGAAUGGGGAAGCCCCUGCCUCAGACAAAGGAGCUAAACUGCGUAGAAUGAAUGCCAUCACUGAUAGGUUAAUUGAAAGUGAGAGCAAUUAUGUGGAUGACUUGAAGUCACUUGCAGAGGAUUACAUCUAUCAGCUUCCCAACGCGCCAUCUCAAUUGGCGGACAAUAAAGACACCAUCUUUAUCAAUUCAGAAGAUAUAUUCUUCUUCCACAAAGUGAUCUUUUGUGACGAGUUAGCAAAGUGCAAAGGAAAUCCAUCAGAGGUUGGAAAAGUGUUCAAGAAGAGGGAACAUGAACUUGACAGAUACAUAACCUUUUGUGAUGGAAAGAGUGAAUCAGAUAGCUUUUUGGAAUCACAUCCAAAGGAUUUCUUCAAGAAAUGUGAAAAUGAAGCGCCUUCUCGUCCCAUAAAAGAACUCUUGGAUCGGCCAGUUGAACGUGUUUUAGAAUAUAAAGCCUUUCUUAGUGAUCUGCUGGAGUGUGGGGAAAAGGCUGAUGUGGACACAGCUGACAUUGAGGCUGGCAAAGAAGUAAUUGAUCGCCUUUGUGCAGAAAUUCGUCAGAAGACCAAGUUUGAGAUCCUUUUGGCUUCUACUCCCAAAGAAGUUGAGUUCUGUAUAGCAUUAGACGACUAUAGAGAUGACCACAACAACAUUUGCCUCAGGAAAGGAGAGACUGUGGUUGUUUUGGAUCGAGUGUCACACCCUGGAAUGUACAAAGUAGUCAAACUUCUCGCAGAUGGUUCCCAAGGCGAUGAAAUUUUGGUUCCAGCAACAGUUCUUCAGCGUAAGAAGUCCACAGCAGAAAUCAUAAUGCCUGCAGAAUACACCGUGAAUCUCAGGUCUAAGCCCGGAUCCAAAUCGCCAGAGGAGGUUUCGGAAAUUUUUGUCCCUGCUACGGAAAGAGAAGUUGUAGAAGUGGCACUGGUAGAGGUCGCAUCAGCUCCAGUUGCUCCAGUAUUCACUAUGCCAUUAGAAAAUCUUAAGGCAGCUGAGGGCCAACCAACACACCUGGAGGUUCGUGUGAGUGGUACCCCAGAGCCUCGAGUAGUAUGGCUUAAGAACGACCUUCCCAUCAGAACUGGAGAGCGCAUUCAUACUGAGAAGGAUGGCAAUUUGUACAGUUUGAAGAUUUCAGAAGUUGAUAUUGAGGAUGGGGGAGUAUAUACAUGCCGUGCUAAAAACGUAGCUGGAUCAGCAACUUCCAUGGCAGACCUGAAUGUUGAAUGUAAGAAGAUAAAAACACAGAGCCAUGUUACUGCACGGCCAGUCAAGCCUGGUGAAUCAGAGGGGGAACUUGACGUGGAUGAUGAAACUGACAGCUCUGUUUUAGCAAUAAAUCUAAAUCAGCUACCCCAGUCAGUGACAUUGACUGUUGAUGGGCAAGAUAGCACUGGGUUUGCACCCAUCGAAGUUCAACUUCCUACACCCGGUGAUAUAAGUGCUUCUGAAAUCCAUUUGAUGACAGAGAGUAGGCCAACAUCUCGUCGAAGGUCUAUUCCCCCCGAAUUCACCACAGAACUUACAGACAAAACAAUUGAAGAAGGAGACUCUGUAGAAAUGCAGAUCUUUGUUACUGGCACACCUCCACCCGAAGUGAUUUGGUAUAAAGAUGAUCAACCAAUCACAAUUUACCCUCACAGGCGCUUCCAUGCAACCAGAGAAAAUGACAUCUGUAGCCUAGAGAUCAAGGAUGCGAGAUGCAGUGAUCAAGGAAACUAUAUAUGCCGAGCGAAGAACACUGCCGGUGAAGUCAGAAAAUCCUGUAAACUAACUGUAAAGCAAGUCACUCCAACAAGCCCUCCUUCCUUUGUUAAACAUUUAAAGGAUGUGCAUAUUGUGGAAGGCUCUUGCACUCGUUUCGAUGUGAAAGUCACAGGAAUGCCAGAACCUGAGGUAGCUUGGUUUAAAGACGGAGUGCCAGUUAAACAAGACAAGCAUUUGGAAAUUGUUCACGAUGAAGACACGUCUGCUUUGAUUCUUAUGUAUGGCACACUAGAAGAUGCAGGUGACUAUGCUUGUAAAGCCAGUAGUGAGGCUGGGGUUGCUGAAUCAUGCGCGCAUCUGUACAUAUCACCUUUACAAAUACCUGCCAAAUUUACGUCACAGUUAGAAAGUGUUGUGGUGUCUGAGGGAGACCCAGUCAAGCUCAAGUGCUCAGUGCUUGGAAAACCAGAUCCCAAUAUAAUUUGGUUUAAGGACCAACAGCAAGUUAACGAAAGUAGCAGGACAAAAAUGAAAGUGUUAUCUGACAACACAUGCUUAUUACACAUUCUCAAGACGGACAUGGAUGAUGAGGGGAUUUACACAUGCGCUGCAACAAAUUCUGCUGGAGAGGAUACUACCUCUACCACAGUGACAAUAAAUGGUAAAGGGAAAGCUCCGGAGUUUACCAAAGCCUUGCAAAAUACUGAGGUUUCAGACGGCAGUCCACUUUGUUUAGAAGUAAGAGUUAAUGGAAAACCAACACCAUUUGUAGAAUGGCUGAAGGACACAAAGCUGUUAAAAUCUGGGCCACGCUUUGAUAUCCAAACAAGAGGAAAUACACAUACAUUUCUAAUUACGAAUUGUAGAGAUGACGAUGGUGGUACGUAUGUGUGCAAGGCAAGGAACAAGUUCGGUACAGCCUCUUGCGAAGCAGUGCUAGUGGUUGCAGAGGAUACUGUACCACCAAGAUUUACAAAGAAACUCUACGACUCUACAGCUGAUUCUGGUAACACCGUUGAAUUUUCUGUCAAGUACAUUGGUAGUCCAGAGCCAAAAGUCAAAUGGUAUUUGGAUGAUGAGGAAGUUUCUGAAGACGACGAAGGUAUGGACAUUGACACAGAACCUGGUUCAUCUUUGCUAGUACUAGAAGACAUAGCACCGAAUGACUCUGGGCAGUACAAAUGCAUUAUAUCUAAUGUAGCAGGCAAAGCAGUCACAAGUGCACAGCUCAAAGUGAGUGAUGAAGGUAAAGAAACAUUCCCAACCAGUAUUCAGCGGGUUGUCGAGGCUGUUCCUCCCCCAGUGGAAAAAAGGCUUAGUGGUAAAGCACCUAUGUUCAUUAAGGAACUUUCAACUCUCCGUGUUACUGAGGGAGAUGCAGUCCGGUUGGAAGUAAUAGUUGAUGGCUCACCCAGACCGGUUGUGCAGUGGUUUGUUGAAAAUGACCAUGUGGUAGAAGACGAGCAUACACAUACAGUCCAAGAGGGAAAUAAGUAUGCUUUGAUUAUUGACGGAACAGUAUUGGACGACGAGGCUGAGUACAAGUGUGUUGCCAAGAAUUCUCUCGGAUUAAUAGAAUGUACAGCUGAACUCUUGGUGGAUGAGAUAGCUAUCAAACCUGAAUUUCUAAAAGAACUGAGGCCAGUUGAAGUUUUGGAGGGGUGUAAUGCACAGUUUGAAGUGGAGAUUCAAGGAAAUCCUGAACCAGACGUUGCAUGGUUUAGAAACAAUGUUCUUAUUGAACCCAGUGAAAAAUACAAACCAAGCUGGACUGAAAACGUCCACAAAUUGGUUAUUCAUAAAACUGUUCUCGGUGAUUCAGGGGAAUUCGCGUGCCAGGCAAGGAAUGAUAUUGGUUUGGUUUGGAGUGUUGCACCCCUCACUGUUAAACCAGGAAGAACUCACGGGAAACCUCCAACCUUCUUGGAAAAACCUCAAAGUACACAUGUAAUGUUAGGGGAUGUUGUUUCCUUCGAGGUGAAAGUUGAAGGUACGCCGAUGCCUACUGUUAAAUGGUUCAAUGAAGAGGGUGAAGAAAUUCCAAAAACUGGUCGUAUUUUUUCCUUGCCUAGUGGUAAAUUAGCAUUCAGUUCUGCGACUCUAGAUGACGAAGGAAUCUAUAAAUGUGUUGCUGUCAAUGAGAGUGGAGAAGCGUCAUGUCAAGUGGAGCUUUUAGUUAAUCAAGGAAAUGCUUGCCAAGAAACUGAAGAUAUUUCUCCGUCACAUAAUGUUGUUGUGGAACGUGAAGUAUCCCUUGAAGGUGUGCUCGGCGUUCUAAAGGAGGCAGAAACGCCGCUACCACCACAAAUCGUGAAGAGGUUAAAGGAUCUUAGUGUAACAGAGGGUGACACAGCACGUUUUGAAGUGCACAUUACUGGAGACCCUACACCUGAUGUAGAGUGGUCCAGCAGUGGUGAGAAGAUAGAAGGAAACGAGGAGACCCUUGUGGAAUGUGAUGGUGAUAUUUACAAACUUAUUCUGAUGGAUGUUCUUCCAGACGAUGAUGGAGAGUACACAGUCACAGCUACAAACAAGAUUGGAAAGGCGUCAUGUACCGGGAAACUCUCUGUCGCAGAGAAGAUUAAGAAGCCUUCUUUCUUGGAUGAACUGAGGAAUGUUGACGUAACAGAAAAUACUGAUGUGCGCCUGGAAGUACGAGUACAAGGCACAGAACCUGAUAUUGAUUGGUACAAGGAUGGCGUUUUAAUCGAAGAAGUUACGUCGAGAACUGAAUUUGUUGAGAACGAAGAGAGAGGAAGUUAUGCUUAUCUCAUUUACGGUGCCACAUCAGAGGAUCAGGGCACCUAUCGUUGCACGGCGGUAAAUGAGGCCGGCCGUGUGUCGUGCGAAGGACAACUGACGGUGAGAGAAAACGUCACUCCUCCCAGGUUUCUCCAGCGCCUCGAAGACAACUCAGUUGUGGAGGGAGGUGCUGUUGACUUGGAGGUUGAGGUCAGUGGGAGACCAAGACCAGCUUUGAAGUGGCUGAAAGAUGGGAGCAUUGUUGUUCCAGAUGAUCGUUUUAAAAUAGACACAGAAGGCCGUAUUCAUACAUUGCAGAUAACUCAAUGUAUGCUUUCAGAUGGAGGGAAAUACACUUGUACUGCUUCUAACAGUGGCGGCACGGAUACUUGCUCUGCUAAUCUGCAAGUCGAAAAAGAGAUGCACGCCCCAGAAUUUGUUGUUCGACCUGAAGGAGCACACAUUGUCGAGGGAAGCCAAGCCAGAUUUGAGGCAGUUGUUUCUGGUCUACCAGAACCCGAAAUUGAGUGGUUCAAAGAUGGAAAACUUGUACGAAACAGUCACCGCUUUGAACUGGAGUUCGACAGAAAUCGAUCCGCUCUUACUGUGAAGGGAGCAAAACAAACAGAUGACGGAGAAUUCACGUGUACAGCUACCAACCAAGUUGGGAAGGUUUCUUGCUCUAUAGAACUUGUUGUUGACGAGGCAGUUGUUGCACCUGAAUUUGUCAAGAAAAUGACAAAUAUAGAGUUAUGUGAGGGUGACUUGGCACGAUUUGACGUUCGGGUGUCUGGCACACCUCAACCAGACAUAAAAUGGUUGAAGAAUGACGAGUCUUUGCGAGGGGAAUCACGAUACGAAUUUCUCUCCGAUGAUGACAUGCAUUCCUUGGAGUUGUCUAAUUGCCUGUUAUCUGAUGCUGGAACAUACCGCUGUACCGCCUCAAAUGAGGCAGGAGAAACGUCUUGCACUGGCGAACUCACUGUUGCAGAAAAGCUGUCCCCUCCAGUGUUUACGGAUGAGCCCUAUUUUCCAAGUUUGAUUGAAGCUGGAGGUGACAUUGUGCUAGAGGCGAUGGUUAGUGGUAAGCCUACACCAACUGUGGAGUGGGUCAAAGAUGAUACAGCUCUUAAGAACAGCAGUCAAUUUAACAUAAAGGCCAAAGAUGACAAACAUACCCUAACUAUUUCUAGUGCUAGCCCUGCUGAUUCUGGAGCUUAUAAGUGCAUCGCACAUAAUACUGGUGGAACGUCCACAAGGACUUUCAACGUUAACAUUGAAGGUGCAAAGCCAAUUAGUUCGACGCCAGAAAUCACCAAGGAACUUGAUGAGGUAGAGGUACUUCAAGGACAACCAAUCACUUUGGAGUGUCAUGUCUCUGGAGCUUCUGAUGCUCACGUGAAGUGGUUUCAUGACAAUGUUCUUCUGACUGACAAUGAGCGAAUAACCACCUCAUUCGAUGGUGUGGUUUGUGUCCUGACAAUCCAACGCUCAAUUCUAGAUGAUGAAGGGGACUAUCUGUGUCAGAUAGAGAAUGACCAAGGUGUCGUGUCAAGUUCUUCUGAAGUGAUAGUGGACGAAGGAAUGGCGUUACCAAUUUUCAAAGAGCCACUGAAAAACACAAGCAUUACCGAAGGCGAGAAUGUCUGCUUUGAUAUCCGUGUUGUAGGAAACCCAGAACCAGUCGUGGAAUGGUUUAAAGAUGGUGUACAGCUUGAAGAUGAGGGCCGUAUUAUGAUAAUUGAUGACGUGGAUGAUGAUCAGCCAGAACUCUUCUCUCUUGUAAUCGAAAAGUGUGAACAAUCAGAUGUUGGUCUGUACAAAUGUAUAGCUAUGAACGAAGCUGGCAAAGAUUCGUGUAGUGCUCAACUGCAAGUCACCUCUUCAUCAGUUGCACAGAAGAGUCCAGAUAUUGCUAAGAUUCCUGUGGAUGUCACAGAGGGCCAAGACGUAACACUGAAGGCUUUGACCAGUGCACAACUUCCCAAAGUCAUUUGGCUUAAGGAUGAUGAACCUUUGAUGCAGAGUACCCACUAUGAUAUUGAUGCUAAACAAGGCAUCCAUACUCUGACAAUAAGAAAUGCCUUACCUGAGGACUCUGGGAUUUACAAGUUUGAUACUAAUGAUGAUAGCACCAGUAUCUUCAAGGUCACCAUUAAAGGGAAAGAUUCUUUAGAUGGCGUCGCACCGGAGGUCACAACAGUAAAUAGUCCUGUGGAAGUACUUGAGGGAAGUACAGCCAAACUGACUUGUGUGGUCACUGGAACACCAUAUCCAAAAGUUACUUGGCUAAUAGAUGGUAGUCCUGUUGAGACAAGUGAGCGUGUCAUUUUCGACUACGAUGGAGAGUUCUCAUCACUUCUCUUCCUAAGCACUGAGCUGGAUGACGAAGGAGAGUAUCAGUGUAAAGCACAGAACGAGAUUGGAUCAGCAAUCAGCACUAUGGAACUUCUGGUAAAUGAACUCAGUGACCUUGAAGAUCAGAGUAAACCAGCGUUUUCAGAGAAAUUGAAAGAGGUCAGCACAUUUGAAGGUGAUACUGCAGUCUUUAGCGUAAAGGUUCAAGGCUUUCCACUUCCUGACGUUCAGUGGUACUCGUCUGAACGGGAAAUUUUAAAAAAUGAGCGGUUUGUUACAGAUUCAGCUGUAGAUGGUCGCCACACGCUCACUAUCAAUGACUGUGUAACUAAAGACAAAGGGAGAUACAAAUGUGUUGCAUCCAAUGUAGUUGGGAAGGCUGUGUGUUCAGCUGGGUUGACAGUUAAGGAAAAGUUAAUCCCACCCCAAUUUUCAGACCAAGAUAGUGGAGCUCCGAUGUUGAUUGAUGAAGGAAGCGAUGUUAUGCUGCAAGUUGAAGUAACUGGAAAGCCAAAGCCGUCCACUAAGUGGUACAAAGACGACCAACCAAUUAGUCGAACCAGUAGCAAGUACAAGACUGAUGUUCUAGGAGAGAGGCAGUCUCUCAAUAUUGUCGCUGCAACACCAGAAGACUCUGGAAUUUAUCAGUGUAGAGCUACCAGCCCGUCUGGGACAAUAACGAGAACCUUCGAUGUUAAUAUAAAAGCAAAACAACCGGAGGGUGAGUCUCCCAAGUUCAUUCAGCCCUUAAAGUCCAAGAAGGUGUUCGAAGGUAGUGCCGCAAAGCUUGAGGUCAGGAUAUCGGGUGAGCCAGAGCCGAAAGUGGAGUGGUUUAAAGAUGAACAACCAAUAGAAGAAGGUGGCAACUUCAGAAUUGAAUUUGACGACACUGAUGGCUGUACGCUCGUCAUCAAUUCUACCAAGACGAGUCAUGAAGGUCUGUACAAGUGCGUGGCUUCAAAUUCAUUUGGAAAAGCUAACUCUGAGGCAGAGUUGCUGGUUACAGGAGACGAUGAAAAUAAAGUGGAGUCCCCAGAAAACUUAGUAACGGUGGAAAAAAGUGUACCGAUAAGUUCAGUACCUUUUGGACCAGUGGAAGUUGCACUCCCAGUUAAAGAGGAGAGCCUUCCUUCAACCUACAAGGAGAAACGUGAAGUGUCAGAGAAGGAGCUUCCACAAAGUAGACCUUCUUUUGAAGCUGUUCAGCUUGUUUUACCUGGACCAGGAGAUGUGCCUUUGAUACCAGACACUAUUUCAGCCUUGGAAUACGAGCCAGUUCAACUGACACUGCCGGGUGCGAAUGAACCCAUUCUGCCUGACUUUAUGGAUGUUCCUAAUGACUUAAAGGUAAAUGAAGGCGCCAAGGUGGUUCUCAAAGUGAGGGUAAUUGGACAACCUGUGCCUGAAGUUACAUGGUUUGUAGAUGACGAGCCAGUGCAACCAAGUGACAAUAUUUCUAUUCGUUCUGAUGGAGAUAAGCAUGAGCUUAUUAUUCAUGAGGCAGAAGUGGAUGAUGAAGGGAUGUACAAAUGUGUAGCAAAAAGUGAGGCAGGAAAAGCUAUCUGCGAAGUGGAAUUGCUCGUAGAAGAAGCAAGAAAGCCAAAAACAGAGGAAUCCCUUGAAGUUCAAAUCACAAAGGAGCUGGAGGACGUUGAAGUUGAUGAAGGAGAACCAGCAACUUUGGAGAUCUGUUUUGUGAGUCGAGACAAACCAGCUGUGUCCUGGUUCAAGGGAAUGAAGCCUGUAGAACCGAACAAGAGAGUCAAAAUUAUAACAGAUGAGCAAAGCAGUAAGCUGAUUAUCAAGAAGACCGUCGGUGAAGAUGAGGGACUUUACAAGUGUUCAGUUAAAAGUGGGACUUGGGAAAUGAAUUCCUCUGCAGAACUUAUAGUGGAAGAACCAAGUGACGACGAAAAAGUGAUACUCAGGAAGCCUGUUCUGGUUCAAAAAUUUUCUGAUGGGGACAUUGUGGAGGGGGAAAAGCUUGAACUGCAGAUCAAAGUGAUUGGCUCCAAACCUGUCACUGUCACGUGGUACAGAGACGAUGAAAAGAUAGAAGCAGACGAUCACUGCAAAUUACUCUCAGACGACGAGAUUCAUGUGCUCAGAGUAAACCAAGCAGAAAUCGACGACGAGGCCAUAUACAAGUGUGUAGUGAAGAAUCCUGCAGGACAAGAUCAGUGUGAGGCACAAAUCCUGGUUGAAGAAAAGACUGAUUCUGUGGAAUUUGUUGAUGCAGAGUUCAGUGAAAACGCUCCUCAUUUCAUCUCACGUUUGCCAGAAGAGAUAGAGGUUCUUGAAGGUGACUUAACACGGCUUGAAUGUCGAAUAGGACUUGCGGCAGAAGUUUCCUGGUUUAAAGAUGACGAACCUUUGGAGGAGGACGAUCGCAUCACCAUUGAAAACGAGGGUGAUGCUUCUGCAGUUGUCAUCUCCUGUACAGAAUUAGACGAUGAAGGUGACUACAAAUGUGUAGUGCAAAACGAGUUUGGUAGAGCCAUGUGUCAGACUGAGGUAAUUGUGGAAGAAGGUGUUAGUAUGCCACUGAUUAAGGAGUCGCUGAAGAACCUUGAGGCCAAUGAAGGUGAUGUGGUUAAGUUUGAGGUUCGUAUCACAGGUAACCCUGAACCGGUGGUGGAAUGGUUCAAGAACGGGAGUCAGUUGCAAGACGAGGGACGUGUGAUCAUUGUUGACGAUGCUGAUGACAAUGACGAAGAGCUCUUUUGUCUCGUCAUUGAGGAUUGUAAAGUUGGUGAUUCUGGGACGUACAAGGUCGUGGCAAUGAGUGAGGCUGGAACUGCCAAUUGUGAGUGCAGCCUGAAUGUUACUCGUACUCAGGUUCCGCCGGAGUUCAAAGAUGAAAUGGAAGAGGUGCCUAUGGAAGGCUCUCAAGGCGACAAUGUGUCUAUGGUUGUGAAUACUGGUCGGUUACCCUCACCAGUAAUUGCAUGGUUCAAGGACGAAGAGCCAGUCGUGUCCAGUUCUCAUCUUGAGAUCUCACAUGACCCCGAUCACUCUAAGCUAAUGGUUCAUCAUGUCACCCCAGAAGACUCCGGUACUUACAAGUGUGUUGCAACUAGUGUAAUGGGUACAAUUACCAAGAAGUUUCUUCUUAAUAUAGAAGGAUCAGAACCUAAAUUAGAACAGACAAUAAGUACUUCCGACUUGCAAGCAGAACCUGUAAGAGAUGUUGCCGCACCGGUGUUCCUAAAAAAGAUGGAUGCUGUUGUAAUUAAUGCUGGAGAGGAGGCCCGAUUUGAUGUUAGAGUUUCUGGCGUUCCAGAACCUAAAGUUGUAUGGUAUCGGGGGUCAAAUGAGGUGAAAGAUGAAGGACGAUUUGUGCACAUUGAUGCCAUUGAAGAAGAUCUGUUCACAUUGGUUAUUGAAAGCAGUGAAUCAGGAGAUGCUGGUCAAUACAAGUGCGUUGCUUCCAACGAAGCUGGUCAAACGUCAUGUGAAGCUCAGUUGAUUGUACGCGAAAAGGAAGUUGACAAAAAACCUCUCAAUGAAAAUGUUCAAGCUAAACCACGAGAAGAGGCCCCCAACUUCUCACAGCCACUGCAGACAGUUGAGGUCAUAGAAGGAACUGAAGCCACUCUUAAGUGUAUGGUCACAGGCAAUCCAGAGCCUAACAUAGCUUGGUUUAAAAAUGGUGACACUGUGGCAGAGGAGAAAAGAUACAAAACUCGAUAUAAUGGAGAGCAAGCCACUUUAAAAAUCCAGAAUACAGAAUUGGAUGAUGAGGGUGAAUACAAGUGCGUUGCUGAAAAUCACCUCGGUUCAGCCUCUUGUUCCGCUGAACUCCUUGUUAAUGAACCAAACACUAUGCCUGAGUUUGAAGAAAAAAUGAAACCAGUUGAUGUCAUUGAAGGAGAACUUGCAAAAUUUUCUGUGAAAGUGGCUGGUAAUCCACCUCCUGUUAUAGACUGGUUUAAGGGAAAAGAUAAAUUAGAGGACGAAGGGCGAAUUGAAAUAAUUGAUGACGAAGACAGUGGUAAUUACACACUUAUAAUCAAUGACACGCUCUUAGGGGAUGCUGGGACAUACAAGUGCAUAGCUUUGAAUGAAGAAGGUGAAAGGUCAUGCAAAGCCGCCUUGGCAGUAAAGGAAGCUGUUACUAAACCUGAAAUAGUAAUUGAACCAGAAGCGACUCCGUUGAAAGUAGCAGAGGGUGAUGUUGUCAGUCUUAGUGCGAUCGUGAAAGGAAAACCUGUUCCCACAGUCGACUGGUACAAAGAUGAUGAGAAGCUGCGGGAAACAAGCCGUUUGAAGAUAGAUGCCAAAGAUGGCGAACACUCUCUUCUUAUUCUGGAAGCCAAACCUGAGGACUCUGGGGUGUACAAGUGUCAGGCAAAGAGCAAAGGUGGUAACGUGGAAAAAACCUAUCAUGUCGACAUAAAAGCCGCACCGCCCGAAGGUAUUGCACCAGUAUUCAUAGAGUCCCUACAGACAGUAGAGGUAGUGCAGGGGUCACCCGCCAAGCUACAGUGUAGAGUUACUAGCAAACCAGAACCAACUAUCGACUGGUUCAGAGACAACGAACCGGUGAAGGAAGACAAGAGGAUCAAGAUCCGUUUUGACGGCGAAUUGUGCACUUUGAAGAUCUUAGAAACUGAGCUUGAAGAUGAGGGCGCUUACAAAUGCUUUGCAAAGAAUGAAUUUGGAUCUGUUUCCUGCACUUCGGAACUUCUAGUUAACGAACCAUACAAGAAACCGGAGUUCACACAGAGAAUGAAACCCGUUAAUGUCACUGAAGGAGAGGCAGCACGGUUUGAUGUCACUGUGGAAGGAAAUCCAAUUCCAGUGGUGGAUUGGUUCCGUGGCAAAGACAAACUGGAAGACGAUGGUCGUUACGUGAUGAUGAAUGACGAAGAGGCAGGCAUCUCCACACUGAUCAUCGAGGACACUCUUCUUGAAGAUGCAGGAACGUACAAAUGCAUAGCUGCGAACGAGGAAGGACAGGCAAGUUGUAAAGCUGCUCUUGCUGUCAAAGAGAAAAUGAUGACACCAGAGUUCACGGACGAAGAACAAAGCCUUCCAUUUAACUUUAUGGAAGGAGAUGAGGCACGCUUAACUGUAGGUAUAAAAGGCAAGCCUGUACCAACUGUGGAGUGGUACAAAGAUGACAAAAAGGUAAGAAAAACCAGCAGAAUAAGAAUGGACGAAAAGGAUGGCAAGUUCUCUUUGGUGAUUUUAGAUGUUACUUCUGAAGACAAGGGAAGCUACAGAUGUGAGGCCUCAAGCAAAGCAGGCACUGUCACUCGUAGAUUUGAUGUAAACGUAGCAGAAAAGAGCCCGGAAGGAAAAGCACCGGAAAUUGUGGAACCUUUAAAGUUUGUUCAGGUCCUUGAAGGUUCUCCUGCCGAGUUAAAAUGCCAAAUAAGCGGACAGCCCAAGCCAACGGUGGAGUGGCUUAGAGGCAACGAGAAAGUGAAGGAGUCCGAGCGUAUACAGUUUGUAAGUAAUAAUGAAACCUUCUCUCUGAAUUUCAAGGAAGCCGAACUUGACGAUGAAGGUGACUACAAAUGUGUUGCCCAGAAUGAGUUUGGCAGUGUGUCUUGCUGGGCUGAAUUUCUUGUAAACAAACCAGCUGCAAAACCGGAGUUCAGGGAGAAAAUGAAGCAUGUCACUGUCCAGGUUGGUCAACAAGCCAGGUUUGAUGUGCUUAUUACGGGAGUACCCAAGCCACAAGUUGAUUGGAUGAAAGACGGUAAGAUAUUGGAAGAACCAGCUGAGAGAUUUACUUUUCUGGAUGAUGAGGACGAGGAAGAUGAAGGGCGCUCCUCACUUACCAUUGAGGACGUAAAACUAGAAGAUGCUGGAAAAUACGGAUGUCUUGCUUUCAAUGAAGAAGGUGAAGUAUUCUGCGAGGCCAACCUUUUAGUGCAAGAGACCCUGAUUGCCCCUGCGUUUGUUGACGAAGCUGAAAGUGCCCCAAUUCUUGCUGAAGAGGGAGGUGAAAUCAAUUUGAGUGCAGAACUGAGGAAAAGCCAACCAGAACUGAAAGUUGAAUGGCUCAAAGAUGACAAAACAAUCAAAGAGGAUCAACGUUUGAAUCGUUUUGUCAUAGAGGACACACACAUGCUGAAAAUUACGGGGGUUGUCCCAGAAGAUUCUGGGUUGUACAAGCUUAAGGCUAGUGGCAAAGCAGGCUCUGUAGAGAGGGAGUUUGAUGUACAAAUUUCAGCCAAGCAGCCAGAGGGUGAUGAACCACAAUUUACAGAGCCCUUACAAGCAGUAGAAGUGAAAGAGGGCGAUGCGACUAAACUUCAUUGUACAGUUACCGCUGAACCACCUCCGACCUUUGAGUGGCUAAAAGAUGGAGUUCGAGUGAAAGAGAGCAGAAGAGUUAAAGUGGAUAGUGAUGGGAUGACAUCCUCUCUCUCUUUUAAAGACGCGAGGCCAGAUGACAAAGGAGAAUACAAAUGUGUUGCCUCUAACGCAUUCGGUUCUGCUUCGUGCGCAGCAGCGUUGAAAGUGAUGGUUCUAUCUAAACCAGACUUUAAAGAGAAAUUGGGAGGGGUUGAAGUAGUUGAGGGUGAUUGUGCCAGCUUUGACGUUGUUGUAGUCGGUUAUCCUGAACCGUUUGUUGAGUGGUACAGAGGGACCAUAAAACUACAGAAUGACGAGCGCACUGAGAUCAAAGAGGUUAAGGAUCUUGCCCGUUUUUCUCUUACCAUUAAGGAUGUUAGUCGUGAUGAUGCUGGGAUCUAUAAAUGCGUGGCCUCCAAUGAAGCUGGAAAGACCACAGUACGUGGUGAGCUCUCUGUGAAGGAGAGGCUGUUUGCUCCUGAAAUUCCUGAAGGACAGGAAGAGGCCCCCAUUACAGUUACAGAAGGCGAUGACUGUAAUUUGAAUACAACGAUCGUUGGGAAGCCGAAACCUGACGUGAAAUGGUACAAAGACGAUAAACCCCUUCGCGAGAGUACAAGGCUUGACAUCAAAGCGCGUGGAGAUAAACACUCUGUAGUGAUUCUUGGCAUCCAGACGAAUGACUCUGGUGUUUAUAAGUGUGAAGCUAAGAGUAAGAUGGGAACUGCAACCAGAAAGUUUGAUGUCAGAGUACGAGCCGAGAAACCGAAAGGAAUAGCACCAGAAAUCUUAACACCCCUCCAAAACCUUACAGUUGUGGAAGGUAAACCAGCAAACUUGGAGUGUGAGGUAAAAGGAGAACCACAACCCAAUAUUGAAUGGUUUAAAGAUGGCGAGCAAGUGAAACAGUCGGAGCGCAUCAACUUGAACUUUGAAGGCAAUUUUGCUUCUUUAUCGUUCAAACCAGCUGAGCUUGACGAUGAGGGUGAGUACAAGUGCGUGGCUCGUAACGAGCUCGGCAGUGCGUCAAGCGAAGCAGAGCUUCUGGUGGAAGAAGCUGAAACCAAACCAGACUUUAAAGAAGAGCUGAAGAAUAUCAGUGUCUUGCCAAGGGCCGAAGCCAGGUUUGAUGUGCGUGUUGUGGGUGUACCGCCACCAGAAGUUGACUGGUUUAAGGGAAAACAAAAGAUCGAAGAUGAGGGUCGCUUUAUUUUGAUUGAUGACGAAGAGGACGACCUGUUUUCUUUAGUGAUUGAAGAGGCAAGGCCAAGUGACAGCGGUGAAUAUGAGUGUGUUGCAUUCAAUGAAGUCGGUGAAGUUUCAUGUAAAAGUAAAUUAAUUGUUGGAGAAACGCUGAUCCCACGAGAAGAGGCUGAAAGUGCGCUGCCUGCGGUUGAAGAAUCCAUCACUGUACCCGAGUCAGCUGCCAAGGUCGAGAGCGCUCUUGUUAUGGAACAGGAAGGAGGGGAUGUGAAAGCUAAGAAACCAGGAGGAAAAGCACCGGUAUUUUCUGAAUCUCUUCAAUCCGUGGAGGUAAAGGAAGGAAGUGAUGCCAAACUACAGUGCACUGUGACUGCUGAACCCAAACCUAACAUCGAGUGGUUUAAAAAGGGAGUGCGGAUGAAGGAAAACAGACGGGUCAAGUUUGAAAGUGAUAGUGACUCCUUUGCUGUAACAAUUAGGGAUGCCAGAUCUUUUGAUGAAGGAGAAUACAAGUGCGUGGCUACCAAUGAGAUUGACUCAGCAUCCUGUGCGGCCACUCUAACAGUGCGAGUCGUAGCUAAGCCAGAAUUCAAGGACAAACUCAAAAGAGUCGAAGUGAUGGAAGGAGACUCUGCGCAAUUUGAUACUCGAGUAGUUGGUUACCCUGUGCCUGAGCUACAGUGGUUUAAAGGGAUUAGUAAGCUGAAGAGCGAAGGUCGAAUUGAGUUUAAAGAGAAUUCUGAAGACAAUAUGUUUUCACUUGAAAUCCGUGAUACCCAGCGUGACGAUGCUGGGAUGUACAAGUGUGAAGCCUCAAACGAAGGGGGUAAAACCACAUGCCGAGCGGACCUCAUAGUAAAGGAGAGGCUUUUCGCCCCCGAAAUUUCAGGAGACCAAUCUGAGGCUCCCCUUACUGUGACUGAAGGCGGAGAAGUUAGUUUGGAUGUCACAAUCAACGGAAAACCAAAACCUGACGUGAAAUGGUAUAAAGAUGACAAACCCCUUCGCGAGAGUACCAGACUAGACAUUAGAGCACGUGGAGAUAAACACUCUGUGGUGAUUCUUGGCAUCAGGGCGGAUGACUCCGGUGUUUACAAGUGUGAAGCUAAGAGUAAGAUGGGAACUGCCACCAGAACGUUUGAUGUCAGGGUACAAGCUGAGAGGCCUAAAGGAAGUGCCCCAGAGUUUACCUUUCCUUUGCAAUCAGUUGAAGCAUCCGAAGGGACCAAAGUGAAACUUUCCUGUACUCUGAAGGGGACUCCGCAACCAACCAUCCAGUGGCUUAAAGAUGGAGAACCAUUAGAGACCAACAAAGGAGUUACAGCUGACUUUGAUGGAGAACUUGCUUCUUUGUCAUUUAGUGCAGCGGAACUUGACGAUGAGGGUGAUUACAAAUGUAUUGCUCAAAAUGAGCUGGGUGCUGCAUCCUGCUCUGCAGAACUUCUCGUAAACGAAGCUGAUAGUAAACCAGAAUUUACCGAAGCUAUGAAGGACAUCGAAGUAGCUGAAAACAAAGAAGGAAGGUUUGAUGUGCGUGUAACAGGAUAUCCUAAACCAGCUGUGCAAUGGCUUAAAGGAGCUGACAAGAUCGAAGAUGCUGGAAAAUAUAUUUUAAUUGACGAUGAGGAAGAUGAUCUCUUCUCUCUUGUAAUUGACGAUGUUUCCCCAGAUGAAGCCGGUACUUACACCUGCAAAGUAACUAAUAACGUUGGAGAGGCCGUCUGCGAAGCUGAACUUAAACUAAAGGAGAGUAUAGCGGCCCCUGAAUUUGCUGACGAGGAGGAGACAGGCCCAAUCACAGCAGUUGAAGGUGGCGAGGUGACAUUGUCUGUUGCCGUAAAAGGCAAACCUCGUCCUGAUGUCGAGUGGUUCAAAAAUGAUAAGCCACUGAAAAAAACAAGUCGUCUGGACGUAAGAUCCCGAGACGACAAGUUCUCUUUAGUUGUUAUGAAUGUCUCACCAGAGGACUCUGGCCUUUACAAGUGUGUGGCUAGCAGCAGGGUUGGACGCGUUAUUAGAACAUUCCAAGUGAAUAUCGAAGCACCACAAGUUACACAGCCUUUAAAAGCAACGCAGAUUGUAGAGGGAAAUCCUGUAAGACUGAAAUGUCGCAUGACUGGAUCACCAGAACCCACGGCAGAGUGGUUAAAAAAUGGAGAACAAGUCGAACUUAGUCAAAGGAUCAAAGCUGAUGUAAUAGGCGAUAUGUGUCAAUUGUCCUUCGCUGAAACGCAAGAAGACGAUAGUGGAUCUUACAAAUGUGUCAUUAUAAACGAUCUAGGGUCGACUUUUUCAGAAGCAGAACUUGUCGUGACCAUACCAAUUGUAGCACCCAAAUUUAAGGAAAAGCUAAAAGGUUUACAGGUGAAUGAAGGCGAACAAGUUCAGCUUGAUGUACGGGUUAGCGGAAAUCCUACACCGAACGUUUCUUGGUUCCGUGGACCUCAAGCUAUCAUUAACGAAGGGCGAUUUAUUGUUAAAGCAGACGACGGGGAUGAAUUAUAUUCUCUAAUAAUUGAUGAAACAACUUUAGAUGACAGUGGUACUUACAAAUGUGUUGCGUCUAACGAGGCAGGAAAAGCCACAUGUCGUGGGGAAUUAGAAGUUAAUGAAAAGCUUACGGCUCCAGAAUUUGCAGGCGUGUUCAGUGACGCUCCAGUUAUCUUCAGAGAAGGGGAAGAAGUUUCGAUGGAAGUUACAAUACGAGGAAAACCUGCUCCUGACGUUGAGUGGUAUAAAGAUGAACUUAGUGUCAGAAAGUCAUCAAAUAUGACCACCCUGGUCAAAGGAGAGAAACAAACACUUCUCAUUUACAACGCCAAGCCAGCUGAUUCUGGAGUGUAUAAAUGUGUGGCAAAGAGUAACAUGGGAACAGCAAUGCGGACGUUUAACAUCACCGUAGAAGCCAAAAAACCCAAAGGCUCAGCGCCGGAGUUUUUCAAGCCUCUAAAGAAAAUAGAAGUUGUUGAAGGCAGUAGUGCUAAAUUAGAGGGCUGGGUUCAUGGAAAGCCAGAACCAAGUAUCGAAUGGUACAAAGACGAUGAACUUGUCACAUCUAAUAGACGAGUGAAAACCUACUUCGACUCGGAAGUUUGCAGACUGACAAUUUCUGAUACUGUUGCUGAUGACGAAGGGGAAUAUAAAUGUGUAGCAACCAAUGAACUUGGCAGUGUGUCGUGCUCCGCAGAGCUGCUUGUAAAUGAAGCUAUUAUAAUACCAGAGUUUGAGGAGAAAUUGAAGCACACUGAAGUUAUUGAGGGUGAUACCGCGCGAUUUGAUGUCUGCGUGGUUGGCAAUCCUAAGCCUGUUACCGAAUGGUCAAAGGGUGGAAAAGCUAUCGUCAGUGGAGGAAGGUUUAAAAUUGUGUAUUCUGAGGACAGCAAUGUACAUUCCUUAUUUAUUGAGAAUGUGUCAUUAGAUGACUUCGGAAGCUAUAAAUGCGUUGCGUCUAACGAAGCUGGAAGAAUGCAAUGUUCUGCACGGCUUGAUGUAAAAGAGAGACAGAUUGCGCCAGAGUUCUCCGAUGAAUACGGUGAUUCACCAAUAGAAGUUAAGGAAGGCGAUGAACUUAAGAUAAACGUGACAAUUCGGGGGAAUCCAAGUCCAGACGCAGAAUGGUUUAAAGAUGACAAGCCAUUUAAAAGAACAAGUCGCGGAAAUAUAUCAGCGCGAGGAAAUAAAUUUGGUAUCACAAUCUUCACUGUUACUCCCGAGGACUCUGGAGUAUAUAAAUGUGUUGCGAAGAGUGCUGCAGGUACAACGACUAAAACCUUCCAGGUUGAUAUCGAAGGCAAGAAACCUGCACCCAGAUUCACUCAACCGUUGGAAGAGACUCAAGCUACCAUCGGAGGGACAGCGAGACUGAAAUGUCGCCUAAAUGCCACAGCCAAACCUAAUAUUGAAUGGAAAAAGAAUGGUCAACCUGUUAGUGAAAACCGACGGGUGAAAACAGAGUUGGAGGGUGAACUCAUCUCACUGGUCAUCUCGGACGCUAGGUUUGAAGAUAGCGGAGAAUACCAGUGUGUUGUUAAGAAUAAGAGUGGAACUGCGUCUUGUAGUACGCGUCUUUUUGUGAGCGAAUCGACGAGUAAACCAGAGUUCAAAAAAGUGAUGAAUGAUCUGGAAUUACUAGAAGGAGAUGACGCCGUUUUUGAGAUUGCAGUUAAUGCCAAGCCCGACCCCAAGGUGCAAUGGUUCUUGAGAAAAAUGCCCAUCAAGAGUGAAGGAAAGUACACCAUCGAUGAAGACUCAGAGCGGCAGAGGUUUUCACUCACUAUAAGCGAUUGCCACACAGAGGACAGUGGUCAGUAUCGGUGCCUUGUAACAAACAGCGCUGGUGAAGUCGCGAGUUCAGCUGAGCUCAAAGUCAGUGAUAGACAAGUGGCACCCAGAUUUAUUCAAGGCACAGAGGAGCAGCUGUUUGAGGUUUGGGAAGGAGCUCCUGUCAAGCUUGUGGUGCAAGCCAGAGGGAAGCCCACCCCUCAAGUGGAAUGGUUUAAGGAGAAUCGCCUGGCUCGGAGAGUCAAGCGAGUUGAGCUGGAGACCGAAGAUGACCAGAGCAUUCUGUUGAUUCCCAAGGCAGUCCCAGAUGAUUCAGGGAAUUACCGAGUUGAAGCCACGAACUCCGCUGGAACAGCUGUCAAACCAUUUGUUGUUAAAGUCAAUGCUCAAAAGCUUGUUCUUAGACGAGAACCAGUUCCUGCCGGAGCUGUAAAACCAGAAUUCAUUCAGCGACUUCAGGACGUUGAGAUCGUUGAAGGGAGUGCUGCUAAGUUUGAUGUCCGUGUCAAAGGGACACCCGAGCCGGAGGUGGACUGGUACAAAGACAACCGUGUGAUACGUGAAGGCGGUCGAAUGAGAUUCUUGUUUGAAGACGACGGUUUGUGUUCACUGCUCAUAAGAGAGGCUGAAUCAUCUGACCGAGGGCGUUACAAGUGCGUGGCGAGUAAUCCAGCCGGCAAAGUUCAGUGCAGUGCAGAACUAUUCAUAGAGAGCCAUGGUUUUGAUUCUACCAGUGGCUCUGAUCACGAGAGACGUCUUUCACGAGAGUCAACUUUUGAUAUGCUGUCGGACGACACAGAAGAUGAAGUUGAAUCAUCCUCCUCAAGUGGUCCACCUAAGCUUCCUCCAGACAUAACGCUUGUGUUACGCAACCGUGACGUGAAGGAGGGUGGCGUGACAAAGUUUGCUUGUCGAGUGGUUAGCAGUAGUAGCGUGACUGCUGAGUGGUACAAAGAUGAUCAGCUUGUCAAUAAAUGGCCCCGCUUCACUUGUGAACGUGAUGAGGAUCUUUAUGCUUUGAACAUCACAGACGCCAAGAGGACAGAUGCAGGACACAUUCGAUUUGUGGCACGGAACGAGUUUGGUCAGGUUGAGAGCAAUGCAUACCUCAAUGUUGAACCUGACAUGGAACCUGAAUUCGAAGGAAACACACCAAGGUUUAUUCAGAAACUUAAAGAUGUUGAUGCAGUGCCCGGUAAAACGGCGAGACUGGAGUGCCGUGUGAUCGGCGACCCGCGGCCGGAUAUCCGAUGGUACAGAGAGAACGAACCCUUGCUCGAGGGAGGGAGGUACAAGUUUGAGGAUGAUGAUGACAGACAAGUGCUUGUCAUAGAUGACGUGUGCGGAAGUGACGAAGGCAUGUACAAGUGCGUGGCAAGGAACAGCGCCGGCAAGGCUCACUGCUCAGCAGAUUUGUAUAUAUUACAAACAGAUGACGAAGAGAGCGAAUCAGCUGGUGAACAAGAACUAGAGGAAGAGAAACGAAAACAACGUGUUUCUACGGAAGCAUCACCAGUGAUUGAGACCCUCAUCUCGCCUGAUUCAGCUCAGGUAGAGAAGUCAGAACCACCCUUGCCAACAACUCUAAAGACACAAUCCAAACCGGAGCCUCCAAAACCAAAAGAACGUCUCCGACAACCAGAAUUUAUUCUAAAGCUUCGAGAUAAGUCAGCGGUUGAAGGCAGCUCAGUUCGCUUGGCAUGUCGGGCCAUGGGAACACCGGAACCUGGAUUCCAGUGGUACAAGGAUGGCGAACCAAUUAGCGCAGGAGGACGGUUUGACAUCAACCAAUCAGUGAGCGGAUUUACGCUUGUGAUCAAAGAAUGUCAGUUGGAAGACUCCGGUGAAUAUCAAUGUGAAGCCACAAACAAAGUAAGCAGCGUCAGCACCUCCGCUAAAGUCACUAUUACAGCACUCUCCAAACCUCGUCAAGAAGUAACGGUUAGUCCAAAAUUUGAACAGAAUUUCACUGAGACAAAAAUCACUGAGGGAGAGGACAUUAAACUGACAGCUAAGGUGUCGGGUAAUCCAGUCCCAGAUGUGAUAUGGCAGAAGGGAGGCAAGCCAAUCAGAGAAGGCCGUCGAAUUAAGAUUGACAAGAGCAAAAAUGGGGUGCAUUCACUUCGUAUACCCCGUGCACAGGCUGAUGAUGGAGGAGAGUACACGUGCAUAGCAAGAAACAAGGCAGGGGAGGCUUCAUGUUCUGCUAAGCUUACUGUUGAAGCUCCCAAGCCAGAAAUCAAGGAGGGUGUUAUGUCACUUCCUAAGAAGCCAGUUGACGAGGACAUUGUAGUAAUGGCCACAGACAUUCCAGUGUCGCGUGAACGUGAGCUUGAGAGUGGUACUCCUGCGACCCCUCCUAAGUUUGAUCAGACGAUGCAGACAGCAGAAGUUGUAGAAGGAAGCGCGGCGCGAUUUGAUGUCACGGUCACUGGAAGCCCUGUCCCGAAAGUACGCUGGCUAAAGGAUGACAAACUGCUUGAGGAGAACCGAAAAAUCCGGUUUGAUGAGGAUGACGACGGAGUGUUCUCCCUAUUUGUUAAUGAUGUUGUUGUAGACGAUGAGGGUGUGUACAAGUGUGAAGCAACAAAUGUCAAAGGAGAAGUGACCUGCAGCGCAGAGCUAAUAGUAGAAGGCCUUGAAGAAUCAACAGGAGAUGAGAGUGAGGAAACUUCGGAAGAUGAGUUACAGUCCAAGGAAGAACUUCCAAUAAAGGAGGCGCCGAAACCUACUGACAAGAAAGUGGCGCCCCCACCUGCACCAAAACCAAAGCCUGCAGUUAAAUCAGUUCCAAAACCGGUUUUCUCAUCAGAGCUUCAAGACAAACAGGUUAAAGAAGGAGACAAUCUGACGCUAGACGUUCGAGUACCACUCGAGUGCAAAGCCGAGGUCACGUGGUACAAAGACGACCACGCUCUGAAAGAGGACCAUCAUAUUGCCAUUAUCUCCGCUGGAGAGAUGCAAGCAGUUAACAUCUUCGAUGUGUCAGUCAAAGAUGAGGCGGUCUACCGUUGUGUUGCCGCCAAUGAUGAUGGAUCAGUUUCUACUGAUUGUGAAGUGCUUGUUGAAGAGAAAGUCAAAGUUCCCCAAACAGUAAUGAACCGCGGUCGCCUUUCCCAAAUGGCGCCCGAAUUUGUUCAAGAAUGUAGCGACCUGUGUGUGGUAAAGAAUUCCACUGCACAACUAGAAAUAAUAGCCGCUGGCAGCCAACCACUGCAGAUUCGAUGGUUUAAAGACAACGAGCCGAUCAAGUAUGGAAAGCGGUUGAAGUUGUCGUCUGAUGGAGAACAUUGCUCGCUCAAGAUUUCUCCUAUUGAGAUUCAGGAUCAAGGAAUUUACAAGUGUGUUAUAUCUAAUAAGGCUGGAACCCAGUCCUGCGAGGCCAAGUUAACAGUGGGAGAAUCGGUAGACUUUAAAGAAAGUACCGAUGGCACAGCCCCAGGUUCCCCAGUGGCAAAGCGGCCAUCCAGGUCAAAGAGUGGUGCUAAACCGACUAUUGUCUCUCCACUGGAGGAUAUUGAAGUUAAUGAUGGAGAAAAUGUCACUUUAGAGGUGACUUCCGGUCCUGAACCCAUUGACAACAUCGAGUGGUUCAAAGACAAUGACCUCAUCCGCUCUCAGCCUCGGUUCACUCAGUCAUCAGCGGGCGAGCAACACACCUUGGACAUUCAGUCAGUCACUGUCGAUGACGAAGGAAUUUAUAAAUGUGUGCUGCUCAAUAGCUGGGGCAUUGCUUCGUGUUCGGCUGAAGUCCUAGUGGAAGAAUCAAUGUCAGAAUCUUCAUCCCAAGAUGACGAACAACUUGAAAAGUUUAACGCCCGUAUGGAACGUCGGAGAUCACGUGACAGUGUCUGCGAGCCAGAAUUCCAACAAGAGCUUAGCAACAGCGAUGUCUUUGUUGGGGAUACUGUAUACUUUACUGUCAAGUCAAGGGGCAUACCGGAACCGAAAGUCUCAUGGUACAGGAACGGAGAGCUCGUGAAGGAAGACUCUCGAGUGAAGUUUAUCAAAGAUUCGCAGAGUGGAAACUAUUCCCUUCUUAUCAACAAAGUGACCGUGGAGGACGAGGGCGAGUAUCGUUGUGUGGCUUCCAACAUGGGGGGAUCUGUUGCCUGUCAAGCAAAACUUUUGGUUAAAGGGCAUAAUCAAGAUGAAGCGCCUUCAUUCACAGCGCCGCUGACCGAUCGCUCUAUCGAAGAUAGCAGUGCAGCUAGGUUUGAUGUGCGUGUGCGCGGAAAACCUGCUCCAACAGUCUCUUGGUAUAAAGACGGAAAAGAGAUCAGUGAUGAACAGUUUCCACACAUCAAAGUUUUGCAGGAGGAAGACUUGUUCUCUAUUCUGAUAACAGAAGGCAAGUUUGAAGAUGCUGGAACGUAUAAAGUGGUCGCCAAAAACGUUCUGGGAGAAGUGUCUUCUACUGGAAUGUUAUUUGUUGAAGGAGCCGAUCAGCUGCCACCCUUUGCUGGAGGAAAACCUCCGCGUAAGAACUCAGGCCUCUCAAGAGUUGAAGAGGUUCUGACGCUCAAGCUGUACACAGCCAUUGAGGACUUCUAUUCGGAAGAGACUGGAAACAAAUUUCUUAAGAGGGGCGACAAAGUUGAAGUACUAGAUACAAGCCGACCUGAGUUCUGGCUGGUCAGACGAGUGUCACGUGGGUCAGAGAUUGGAUUUGUACGUCACACAUGCCUGAAAAGAGACGAAGACGGGGAUGAAACCACAGACGCACCGGUGAUAGGAGAGAAACAAAAGUUUGUAUGUAUCACCAACUACACGGCCCAGUCCCCCGAUGAGGUCUCGGUAAAUGAGGGUGACAUGUUAGAGAUCCUUGACGACGUAGGCAUGGAGAACUCGAUGGUCUGCGUUAUUCCUACCGGCGCCGUCGGGUGGUUACCAAGGGUCUUUAUCAUAAGGGCCCCUGAAGAGGAUGUGAAGAAGGCCCCAAAGACUGCUAAAGGGAAAGAGAGGGAAGCACUUAAUCAGCGAGAAUUCGUGCUUAACGAAUUGAUAGAAUCUGAAAGGCAGUAUGUUAACGACCUUCGAACUGUUGUUGAGAGUCACCUAGCUGAACUUGAUGCUGCUGAUAUUCCUGAAGAAGUUGUUGAACAUGAGGAUGUUGUGUUUUCCAAUAUCAAGGAAAUAUACGGAUUUCACACAAGACUAUUCUUGCACGAACUGGAGGCUUGUGCAAAGAGUCCAGAUGACGUUCCAAAGGUUAUUGUACGACACAAACCAAAAUUUGAAAUGUACAUCAAGUUCCUCGAGGGAAGGCCGCUGGCAAACGAAAAGCUGGAGAGUGAGAAAACGCAAGAGUUUUGGACGGAGUUCCAAGAAGACACGAAAGAUGCCAUCUCUCUCUCAGAGUACCUUAAAAAACCAGCACAGCGCCUUGAUGAAUACGUCCUGCAUCUUAAGGAAUUGCUCAAGUUCACUGUACGUGCGAAUCUGCAGCAUUCGGAUUUUCAGACGGCUCUUGAAUUCCUAGCCAGUCUAUCCCGACGAGGAAAUGAAGCAGCACAAAAAUUCCACAUCGAAGGAUAUAAUGGUGAGGUUCCUCUUGAAAAUCUAGGGAGACUAAUCCGCCAGGAGGUGGUCUUAUUCUGGGAAGAGAAAGCUCGAGGAAAAGGAAAAGAACGGGACUUGUUCUUGUUCGAGAAAGGAAUCGUCAACACGAAAAGAAAAGAAGGAGGAAGAAAAUUCAUCUUUAAAAACAUGCUGAAGCUGACAAGUGGUAAUGUUGGUCUGACUGAACAUGUUGAAGGAGGUGCCCGUCAGUUCAUGGUGUGGGUGGGUACCUCCAUGGCCACUGCUCUUGUACUUCACACAUUUGAGACGAAGACCGAGUGGUCCAAACAGGUCUGGGUUCGUGAAAUCAAAAGGCUGUUACAUCUGAGUGAAAAAUCAUUAAACACUGCUGUUACACCAUCUCUGGUGUUUGGUGAACUUGAAGUUCAAUUGCCAAGUACUUCAGCCACAGAAGGGAACCUGGUGACCACAGUCAAAGAAACUAUCACUAGUCCCUCUUACUCGCGUUUGAUCGCUGAGCUCGAAAAACAGUAUGUGGCCAUCACACCACCGGACUCACCUGAACCUCAAAGCCUGAACAUUCAACUAGGAGGCACCUACCACUUGUCGGAAGAAACACUGGAACGAGAUACACGCGAGCGCGUAAUCGGCCGCGGUGAACAAGUACGAGUGCUCCGCUCAGGCCGAGAUCUCUACUUCGUGCAAACCGUCAAAGAUGGAGAAACCAAAGAGGGCUGGGUUCCUGGAAGCUGGUUGCUAGAAAGAGGUUUUGACGACCAGAUUACAGGCGCCCAAGUCCAGGUUGAGCUGGAAGCUGGUUUAGAAGAUGAUAUUGCACAAGAUUUGAGUUCAGAAGCGUCUGAACCGGAGCUGCAACGGCUCAAAGAAACUGGGGAAGGUAAAUAG